AUGGCUCUCGCAGUUCACCCGACGCAUCGGCAUGUCCCCCUCUCACUCAGGGAAGCCAAAUUUCAUCGUGAAAGGGGACACAAUACGGAGGAAUUCUUUCAGCUAAAGGAUGAGAUAGAAAGGUUGGUGAGACAGGGGUAUUUCCGAGAUCAGGUCCCUGCCAAUUGCAAGAUCAACAAAGCUGAAAUAAGGAGGAGCAGGUCGAGGAGCCGGGAUCGAAAUCAUGGCCCUUCCAGAACGAAUAAGGCCCCCGCUAGCCGAAGCAAUGCACCAACGAAGGGGGUGACAUAUACAAUUGUUGGAGGGUCCAGCGCAGGAGAUUCACAGAGAACGAGAAAGAGAUGUGCCCGAACAUUGGGGUCGAGCAGAGAAAGGGAGUUUGUAUUGAAAGUAGAAGAAGAAGAAGCCAUCUCCUUCGACAGUUCAGAUAGACCAGCGGAUAGUGGAGACAUGAACGAUCCGAUGGGCAUCAAGCUCGACAUAGUGAAUUUUACUGUUCAUAAAGUACUGGUUGAUAGCGGGAGCUCUGCAGAUAUCAUUUUCAAGAGCAUGGACGAUAAGAUGGGUCUAGAGAAUGCCCAUUUGGAACCUGUGAAGACUCCUCUGGUCAGUUUUGGAGGGAGUGAGGUAGCUUCGCUGGGAAUGAUCGAGUUGUCGGUGUCCAUGGGUGAAGAGCCGAAACGAAAAACCCUGAUGGUAAAAUUUUUUGUAGUGGAUACCCCAUUUGCUUAUAAUGUUAUUCUGGGCGGACUAGGUCUGAAUUUAUUUCGAGCAGUCAUCUCGACAUAUCACAUGAAAAUAAAAUUCCUCACGGAGAAUGGAAUAGGAGAGGUGGCCUGCGACCAGAAGGAAGCUCGAAAAAUGUUACAACUUGUCGUUGAAAGGAGAAUCCAUUCAGAAGAAAAGAAAGAUUGGGGAAUACACCGAGCCGCGGCCAUAUGA